UUUGAAGGGCUUCUUCCAUAUUGGAGGUCAACCAAGCUGAGACAACAGAACUUUUAGUUCAAUUGUGUGGGAAGCUGGCUCAGAGGAAGCUCCAGUGGGGACACUGAAGAUAAAAGUAGUGAGAAAUUAAAAAUUCACAUUUUGGGUCUUUUCCAACUUCUAUAGUGGUUGGCUGUUAAGAAGUGGAGACAUUUGGAUAAACCAGGAACACCUGGCUGCCCUCAGUGUGAAUGAUUGUUCGGGGAUGAACUGUGAAGCAUGUUUUCUCCAGUCUUCCUCAGAGUUCUCACCAGGGUGAUGAAAAGAGGCAUCCCGUUCUGGAGUGAUGGAAAUGAGAGCCUCUCCCCUGUCACAAGGUUUCAUGUAAGGUUAGCUGCUACAGGCAUCAGAUCAAGGGAACCUUAAACAAGGGACAAACUAGCUUUUCAAGACAGUGCUGUAACGUGCCACUGAACCAACCCACUGGGAACUGUUCAUAGCAUCAAAAACUUCAUUCACAUGGACUGAUGCCAUCUCUCCAGUGUCCAAGCACCAUGAACUGAUGAUAGAAGUCUUUAUGGAGCUUAUAUCACCUGGACCAAAGGGAAUGGUUUUCUGAUCAUUAACAAGGAUCCUAACUGCCAGCAUGACGAGCCAGGAGAAGUGGCUUAACCUUAGUCCUGGAGAGUUUUCUCAGCUUCAGAAAUAUGCAGAGUAUUCCACAAAGAAAAUUAAGGAUGUCUUGGAAGAAUUUCAUGGCAGUGGCGUGUUAGCAAAAUAUAAUCCUGAAGGGAAACAAGAUAUACUUAAUCAAACAAUUGAUUUAGAGGGGUUCAGGCUGUUCAUGAAGACUUUUCUGGAAGCAGACUUACCAGAUGAUUUCACUGAGCACCUUUUUACAUCAUUUAGCAACAAAAUCUCUCACUGUAGCCCCUUAAUAAAAAACAAACCCCAGCACGUUUCUGGAGUUAAGGUGACUGAAGAGAAAUGGAAGCAGGUACCAGGUCUGAGACUUAACAAAGGUACCUCUACAUCCCGACCUCCUACUCCUGCCAACUUACAUUUACCAGAAAUGAUCCAGCUGAAAGACAUUGUUUGCUAUUUAUCAUUGCUAGAAAGAGGAAGACCUGAAGACAAGCUAGAAUUUAUGUUUCGCUUAUACGAUACAGAUGGGAAUGGUUACCUGGAUAGUUCGGAGCUGGAAAAUAUUAUUGCUCAAAUGAUGCAUGUUGCAGAAUACCUUGAAUGGGAUGUUACUGAACUUAGUCCAAUCUUGCAUGAAAUGAUGGAAGAAAUUGACUAUGAUCAUGAUGGCACUGUUUCCUUAGAAGAGUGGAUCCAGGGAGGAAUGACAACCAUCCCGCUUUUGGUCCUCCUUGGGUUAGAAAAUAAUGUGAAAGAUGAUGGGCAGCAUGUAUGGAGACUGAAACAUUUUAACAAGCCUGCCUACUGUAAUCUUUGUUUGAACAUGCUAAUCGGAGUAGGCAAGCAAGGUCUCUGCUGUUCUUUUUGCAAGUAUACAGUCCAUGAACGCUGUGUCUCAAGAGCUCCUGCAUCUUGCAUCAAAACAUAUGUGAAGUCCAAAAAGAAUACUGAUGUCAUGCACCAUUUCUGGGUAGAAGGAAAUUGUCCAACAAAAUGUGAUAAGUGCCACAAAACUAUAAAAUGUUACCAAGGCUUGACUGGACUUCACUGUGUUUGGUGUCAGAUCACAUUGCAUAACAAAUGUGCCUCGCAUCUAAAACCUGAAUGUGACUGUGGACUUUUGAAGGACCAUAUCUUACCACCUACAUCAAUCUGCCCGGUAGUAUUGACACUACCCACUUUAGGAAGUUUGCUCCCAGAGGAAAGACAGGCAACAGUGAAAAAAGAGAAGAGUUGCCCCCAGCAAAUGAACAAACUGGCAGAACGGAACAAAAUGCAAAGAGCCAAUUCCGUCACUGUAGAUGGACAAGGUCUUCAGAUCACUCCAGUUCCAGGCACUCAUCCACUUUUAGUUUUUGUCAAUCCUAAAAGUGGUGGGAAACAAGGAGAAAGAAUUUAUAGAAAAUUUCAGUACCUUUUAAAUCCUCGUCAAGUUUAUAGCCUUUCUGGAAAUGGACCAAUGCCAGGGUUAAACUUUUUCCGAGAUGUUGCUGAGUUCAGAGUACUAGCAUGUGGUGGAGAUGGAACAGUAGGCUGGAUUUUGGAUUGCAUAGAGAAAGCAAACUUGAUUAAGCAUCCUCCAGUUGCUAUCCUGCCUCUUGGGACUGGCAAUGAUUUAGCAAGGUGUCUGAGAUGGGGAGGAGGUUAUGAAGGUGAGAAUCUGAUAAAGAUCUUAAAAGACAUUGAGAACAGCUCAGAGAUUUUGCUGGACAGGUGGAAAUUUGAAGUAAUACCCAACGAUAAAGAUGAGAAAGGAGACCCAGUGCCUUACAACAUCAUCAAUAACUACUUUUCUAUUGGUGUGGAUGCUUCAAUUGCCCACAGAUUCCAUAUUAUGAGAGAAAAACAUCCAGAAAAGUUCAACAGUAGAAUGAAGAACAAAUUUUGGUAUUUUGAAUUUGGCACUUCGGAAACUUUCUCAGCCACCUGUAAGAAGCUGCAUGAAUCUGUAGAGAUAGAAUGUGAUGGAAUUCAGCUAGACUUAAUCAAUAUUUCUCUGGAAGGAAUUGCCAUUCUGAACAUUCCAAGCAUGCAUGGUGGAUCGAAUCUUUGGGGAGAGACAAAGAAAAGACGUAGCCACCGUCGGACAGAAAAGAAGAGGUCAGAUAAAAGAACCACUGUCACAGAUGCCAAGGAAUUGAAGUUUGUAUGCCAAGAUCUAAGUGACCAGCUUAUGGAAGUGGUUGGUCUUGAGGGAGCCAUGGAGAUGGGACAGAUAUACACAGGUCUGAAAAGUGCUGGAAGACGACUUGCCCAGUGCUCAUCUGUUGUCAUCAGGACCAGCAAGUCUCUGCCAAUGCAGAUAGAUGGGGAACCUUGGAUGCAAACUCCUUGCACGAUAAAAAUUACUCACAAGAACCAAGCCCCCAUGUUGAUGGGACCUCCUCCAAAAACUGGUCUUUUCUCUUCCAUCAUCAAAAGAACAAGGAACCACAGCAAGGAAUAAGCCUAUGUAGUUUAGUUUUUAGACAAAAAAAUAAAACAAAAAACCAAUUAGCUUUGUUGGGCUUUGAAAUAUUUAUGCUGGAAAUCUUUCAAGAAUUUUAGAAUAUCUUCUACUUGCAAAAUCAUGGGUUUUGGUUUAACAGUUUCUGUAACUCAGCUAAUGUAAAAACUACUGCUACUAGAAAAAAUAUUGUCACCGUUUUGUAGGCAUUUUGCAUGAUGAAAGCAGGUGUUUACAUGAAGUGAAACAGCAUACUUUUUUGUUGCAUGCAUUACCAUUUACUGAUCUGUGGGCUAAUUCUGCCAUGGAAUAUGGGAAGACAAUGCCAUGGGUAAUUUAAUUUUCUCUUGUCCAUUUCCACUUUUUCUACUGCAACAAUCAUGUGCCAGAGGUCCAACUUGAAUCAAACAUCCUCACAUCAUUAAGGCAAUUAGACCCUUUUCAGAGUGAAGUUUCUUUGAAGUCUCAUUAACCUGUACUUUUAUCAUUUCUUUCUCCCCUGAGGGUUUUUAUUCAGCUAAGCAUUAAAAUCUUGUAUCUUCUUCUGAUAACUCCUAUGUAUAUGAGUAACUGUACCUGCUGAAAACAUUUAACAAUGUCUGCAGUGUUGAAAUGAUCAUGCUUCCUCUUGUAUAAGCUUCUGUAAGGUUGGAAGUCAAUGAAAGUUUGAGCCAAAACUGUAAAGCUAAGGAGAUCAUGCUAGGAUAGUGAUAGUAGCCAUCAGUGGUGGUUGUUGAAACACUAGGAUUAUUUUAAUGAGCAAUACAUCUCUCUAACAUGGCAAACUUUAAAUCAUUCUGCAUAUUGACCCAUAGCAUAGUGUGUGUGCACACAAAUAACCAAAGCUCAUGUUUAAUAAAGUGCAUUUCCCACCAAAGAUUUAGUGAAGGAUGCUUCAGAGAAAUGGGUUAAUGCAUAAUUAAUCAACUUUGCUGGAGUAAACUCACUUCUGAAAAUUUAUAGUUCUUUUGAUUGUGUUGGCAGUGUCCAGACAAAUGUUGGGGUAGGAAGAAACAUUAAAUUAAUUGCAAGUAAAUGUUCACUUUUCAUUCAUUCAUUCCAUAACUUGGUAGACAUGAAGGCAUAAUCUAAAUAUUGAGAAACAGACACGUACUCUAAAUACUGAAAAAUUAAACUUGUAUUUAAUUUUUUGGUCACUAUUACUUAUAGAAUUUAUACCAUCCAUAAUUUACUCAUCCUUUAAAUGAAUCUCUUCAGGAAAGGAUAAACUGUUAUCUUUUCCCCUUUUGUAGUCUGCUUUCAAGAAUCAAAACAUUUCUUGUCAUAAAUUUUGGGGAGGCAGUUGCUCAGGUUUGUACUUUCUUAGCCCUCUGAAAGACUUCCUAACAGCUUAGAAAUCAUAGUACAGGGAUUUGUUUGAAGUUUGCACAGCACUGUCUAACGUUGAAGGGAAGUCCAGGAAUGCCAACUUUUUUUCAGUCUCGCAUAUAAACACUCUCAGUCAAAAGGUUUUGUGCAGUCUUAACAUUGUUAUCUCUUCAGACUGAGCUGCUUCUCAGCUCUGCAUGUCUUCAGUUCUCAGAUUUCAUCCAAAAAAAACCCAACAAACGAGGGAAAAAAAAACCUUUGCCUGAAAUGCAUGAUUUUCCAUUUUUAUCUAGACUUUAAAAUGUUAAUGAUUUAUUAAAUCUAUUUUUCUAUUGAUUCAUCCAUUAAAAAAAGAAAAAGUUAGUACUUCAUGGUUCUGUAGUGCACGGUACUGUGCAUGUAUUUAAAUCAAGUUGCUAUAAUUUGUUCUUCAGUAUAAGAAUUCAACAGAGUGCUAAUUUAUAUAAUAGAUGCCAAAAUAAAAGUAUAUAGUUGGUGAGGAUUAUAUCUCUGAAAUAUACAGUCUGUGCUCUGUAAACAUUAGGAAGUAAAUACCAAUUAAUGUUAUGUUCAGCAUUAGGUAGAAAAAAUAUAAGGGCAAUUAGUUGCUGAAAUGAGGAUGUUGUAAUUCCCCAGUCUUGGGUCCAGUGGUCUUGACAACUACAGUUACCGUAGGAGUAAACUGAUAUUUCUCCUGCACUGCAAACACACACACAUGGUGCACUCAAUGCACUUCUUAACUGCAAACAUACAUAAGUAUAGAGCAAAAGAAGCUUGCAAACGGAAGGAACUUGCUGACAUAAUAUUCCAUUAAAGCGUACAUCGGUUUUAUGAAAUUAUGGUUACAGGUUGAUAAAUAUUUUCACAUGACAUAGGAUUUUCUACCAAUGCUCUCAACUUUUUGUGGCAAGAAAAAAAAAUGUGUUUAAUGAUAAUAUAUAAUGUGCUCUCUAUGAUUAUCUCAUGAACAUUGUAAGUCUGAAAACAAAUAAAAUGAUACCUAAGCUAUUAUUUAAUAA